GGUACCGAUGUACUUUGGCUUAAACUCACAAGGACUUUGCCAACACCACUAAUAAGUAACACACAGGCUAUUACCACAGAGAUGUCUAAUCCUGAGGCCUUUGAGACUACACUGGUGAAUGGAGACCAGGAGGCGGAGGAGACGGGGCCACUUCAUAUCAGGAGGCUGGAGGAUGCACUGCGGGAGGCUACAUCUGAACUUGGCGUCCAAAGGAAACAUUUCCAAUGCCUUCAGAAGGACUUUCAGUUCAAUCUCAAACUGUUAAAAGAACGGGAUUCUGCACUGGAGCAUUACGAUGCUGUGGUUUCCACAUUUCAGGCUAAUGAUUGCACAAGACAAAGGGAAGUGAGUGAGUUGCAUUUACACAUCAACAAACUCCAAGAUGCCCUGAUACAAGAAAAGAGACAGUGCACAGAGUUGCAAGUCUCACACCAGCAGAAGAUGGCAGAGUUGCAUUUGCACGUAACUACAAUAUGUUGCGAAAAGAAUGAAGAAAUUCAGAGGCUGAAGGAGGAUAAUGAAAGCCUGAAAAGCAGACUAUCACUGACAUCACAAGAAACAGAAGGAAUUCUUUCACUGCAAAAACAGGAAAUGAUGGCAACAUUUGACACUGAAAUGAAAAAACAAGAAUGUGAAUUCAACCUGAGGAUAAAAAGCAUGAGCAGUGAGGUUCUUUCGCAAAAACUUAAGGUGGAGUUAAUGAAUAAAGAGCUGGAGGCGCAUGCGAAAAGUAAGAGUGAAGUCCUACAGGCGUUACACGCUUCAGAGGAACAGUGCCAUCAGGCUAAUAAAGAGGUCCAACAGAGAGACAUUGUCCUGAUGAAUACCAUCGCAAUGAAAGAUGCAAGAAUACAGGAGCUGAAGGAUCAACUGAGACAGGCCGAGGACAAGCAUAACAGGGAAGAAGAAAAUGCCAGAAGAAAGUUUGCGAUGUUGGAUAGCAAUUAUCGAGAGAGGGAGAUGACAUUGGCUGAGAAGCAGGACAUCCAUGCCAAGCAGGUCUGUGAAGUAGAGGCCCGGAGGAGAGAGAUGGAGACGCAGCUGAACACUUUACUGGAGGAGAAGACCACCCGAGAGGAAAGCCACAAUAGGCAACUGCAGCAAAAGGACCAAGAGAUUCUGGAGCUUCGUCAAGAACUUGAAGCAACAAAGUGCAGCUGGGAUAUGUACAUCACCAAGAUGUCUAAGGACAUGGUUGUUAAAGACACGGAACUACUGACUGCACAAGAACAAGAAACUAAACUGAAAACCAAACUGGAUAGAUGCAAUGAAGAUAUUAAGAGAUACAAGCAGCAGCUAGCCAGUGGACUGAAUCGUGAACAGUCUUUGGAGCAGAGAGUGGUACAGUUGGAGUUGGAUUGCAGAAAGCGCUGUGAACAAGGCAAGGGAGACUCACAGCCAAUUCAUGACAUCAGUCCUCCCUCCUCCUCGGACACAUGUGAACUACAGAAGCAGAAUGCUAGUCUACGCGGUGUCAUUGCGGAGAUGAGAAAGGAGAUGGAAACGCUGGUCAGGCAAAUACCAGUUCCAGCUACAGUCAAUCAGAAAUUGAACAAGGAAACACAAACAGACAUGACAGACACUGUCAUUACCAAGAAGGAACACAAGAGGGAAGUGGAGGUCAGAUGUUCUGCCGUUGGUGACAUGGGAAAAGAAUCUUCAGCUCCCUCUGAGAGCCUUGUGAAUCGUGUCAGAAGUCGUGAAGACACUACCAUGAGUAGAUUGCAAGUGGAAAACAAGACCAGUGUUGCAGCACCAAAGGGAAAACAAGCCGGGAUAGUGUUAACAGACAAUGCCGUCACCCACUAUCUGCAACGGGGUAUGGCUGUGAAAGGCUCAACGCUUCCCGACAAACUCAGACAAGCAGUGUGGUUGAUGUCCCGACUUGGCAGAGAAAAACAGCAGCUAAUUGAGCUUGGCAACAGUCUUCGUGCACAACUUUGCAAUGCGGAGGUGAAACCUGACAAAGGUUUGAUGCAAGGCGGCAGUGAUCUGUCUACGCUGGAACUUCUGCAAUAUCAACUCACCUCUCAGGAAUUACAGUAUGCCCAGAGAGAUCAUAGCAGCCUGGCACCAACCAAGAAUGCCCCGUGUUUCUCAGAAAACCAACAUGAAGGCAAACAUAAUCAAGCCAAACAAAGUUAUAUUGGACAGAGCACUGGAAGCAGACAAGCAAACAGUCCCACUUUGUGGACUACCGAUAGUUCCCUGACAAUUCCAUCAGUUCACCUGACAUCCUCACUCAACACAGAUGCGUCUUUGCAAGAUGUUUGGCAAAUACUGGAAAAUGGUUCGAGUCCAUCCAUUAGAACACCUAACGGAAGUGCAGACUAAGGAGAUAUUCAAAAUGGGAUAAGUGUGGUGUGGAAGGAG